GCAAACUGGUGAGACAGCUUUUGGUUUACACCAAGCAAAACGGAGCAAGAGUCUGGCUGCGAGCUGCUGCACGUCCUGUUCUAAUCUCCAUCAUUAGAUGUGCAGGGACUGCAGAGGUGAGUCCGCAUGGACUAGCCUGCAGGAUGAACUUCAAAAACUUCAGGGAGUACUUGGCUUGGCUGUACUACCAGUACCUACUCAUAACCGGCAUCUAUGUCCUGGAGCCGUGGGAAAAGUCCAUCUUUAACUCCAUCCUUUUCUCCGCUGUUGCCAUGGUGAUCUACACCUCCUACGCCUUUGUUCCCAUCCACGUGCGCCUGGCGCUGGAGUUUUUCUCUGGGAUCUUUGGUGGUCAGCCUGAGAGCACCAUGACACUCAUGAGCUGAAAGAAAGGAAUCAUAUGAAGGAGAAGAAACAAAGACGAGAUGAACUGGCAAGAGCCCAUGAAUCAUUUCCUAUUGUUCGAAUCCUUAACCUCUACAUUACCUUGAGGCUCAGUUUACCCACCUGAACGACACACAGCCGACAUCAGCUCAUCAGGCCUGAAAACAUGGAGAGCUUGCCGGAUCAAUCUAGAAAUCAGAGCCUUUUUGUUUUUUUAUUUGUUUUUUUUUUUACAUGCCUUAUCCCAUGGUAUUAGAAUUAUAAGUGGGUUUUAAUUUCACAAACUCCCCAUGAAAUGUCCUGUGAUAUGUUUGUUUUUCCUCCCCAUAUGUCCUGUGUGAGUGCAUGCCACGUCCAGGUUUUGCAUGAUAGGGUCGUACAUGAGAGGAAAAUUUGCAUGUUUUUCUCACUACAAAAUACAACUUGUCUUUCCCGCAUGUGACUGUGAGCCACAUCCUUUAGAGGAGCAAUUUAUAUUGUAUCUUUGACAGGAAAUUAUGAGACUGAAGCAAUGAGUUGUUUCUUUGCUGAGACGGCCAAAUGUCCGUAUGUGACUGAAUUUUGAGGGCCCUGCAAUUUUCAAAAAACGGGUAUCAAUAUGUGUUAUGAUAUAAAUAUUAAACUAUUACUGCUUUGUGAUUUUGAUGAAUCAAUAAUGAAACAAAAUAGCUUUGUUUCAUUUUUGUCUGACUAGUGAGUUCUUGGAAAAGCUCCCGCUGUUCUCACCGGCGCUGUUGACUCUGUCAUAAGCAUAAUAUUGGUGCUGCAUCCGUGUUACUAAGUUAUCAUUGAUGGUAAAUUGUUUUUGUAGACUUCAGCCCAACAAUUUCUGAAAAGGACUAAAGAGUUACAGUUUUGUAUAUGGAUCAGCAUCACUUCUUUUAGUUGCCUUAAUGCACUGUAAUUCUAUCUGGACGCAUUGAAAUUUGCAUGUAAAUGAGUAGUAAAUCAUAAAAGACAGAGGUGAUGAAGAGCUUAAGCUAUGCAAUGUAUCUGAAACUGUCACAGUCAAGGCUUUGUUAUAACCCUCCAUAUUCUGAUUUACCAGCUGAAGUGAGUAAAUAACACGACACCGCACCCUCCCUAUAAGUGCUCAGCACUCGGUACAAGCAAAUAUUGAUACAACACACCUUUGUGUUCAAGACUUGGCUUUUCUUUGUUUAAAGAAAAUAUAUAUACUGUAUAUCUUUACCUAACUGUCUGUUUGUGGUACAAUGCAAAUUGUCAGGAUAUAUUGUGGGUAAAUUGGUCUAAGAAAACAAAAUUAAACACCAGUCUUCCCCACCUAUGGUUGAUCUAUAAAGAACAAAAAUGAUGCAUCAUGAUGUAUUUUGUAGUUCGGAUAAGCAUUCUGCAUAGUUUUGUGAUUACUGAUUACAUGUCAAAAAUUUCUCUAAGUUAAGAUUAUUUAUAUGAUGUUAUAUAUUUAUAUACGGUAAAUGCUUUGCUGGUUACAAUGUCAAUUACCAAGCUUUUUCUUUUUUUUAUUAUUUAUAUUUGUAUUCUCUCGUGGCCAUAAAUUACACAUGAUUUGUUCUUUUUCUUGCUUUUCAACCUUAAAGUGCUUUUAUACUGUUUCAAAUUUGUAUUAUGUCCCCUAUUUUUUUUUUAAAACAAAUAUUUACAUUAAUAUCACAGAUAUUUCCAGCAUCAAGAAUGAAGAGCUAUGUGAGGUGCUUUUUUCAUUGUUCACCAAAUGAAUGUUUUCUUUGUAUAUGAUAGUGAUGCUAUACUGGAAUAAUCACAAAAUAAAAGCACCUGUUGAUACUU